AUGGCGGGUAUGGGAGACUGGUACGUGGGCACGGCGCAGGACGCCGUGAGAAUCCGUCGGCUAGAGAAGCAACGAGAAGCUGAGCGCCGGAAAAUCGAGGAGAUGAAGACGAAAUCCGCCUCUGACAAAGGCGGGCCUGGACUUCUCCAGUUCGGGUCUAGUACAUCGGAGAUUCUCGAGACUGCGUUCAAGAAAGAAACUGUGGGGUUGGUUACAAGGGAUCAGUAUGUCGAGAAGAGAGUUACUAUUCAGAAUAAGAUUGAAGAAGAAGAAGAGAAGGAGAAGCUGCAAAAGCUGCGGCAAGAGAAGAUUAAAGGGAAUUCAAAGCUUUCAUUUUCUGAUGAUUCUGACGAUGGAGUGGAAGAUGAAGAUGGUGGAAUCGAAGAUCCUGUUCAAAGUAAGCUGGCUCGUGGUAAAUUUGGCAAAGAUCCCACUGUUGAAACAAGCUUUUUGCCUGACAGUGAGAGGGAGGCUGAGGAGCAAGCUGAACGUGGAAGGUUGCGGAAACAAUGGGUUCGUGAGCAGGAGCAGAUUAAAAAUGAGGCCCUUCAAAUUACAUACAGUUACUGGGAUGGGACAGGCCACCGCAGGGUGAUCCAGGCGCGAAAGGGCGAUAGCAUCGGAGAGUUUCUGCUGUCUGUUCAACAGCAACUUGCACCCGAAUUUAGAGAAAUAAGAACAACUAAUGUUGAAAACUUGCUCUAUGUGAAAGAGGAUCUUAUCAUUCCUCAUCAACACAGCUUCUAUGAGCUCAUAGUCAACAAAGCUAGGGGAAAAAGUGGACCGCUUUUCCACUUUGAUGUGCACGAGGAUGUGCGUACAACUGCUGAUGCAACCAUAGAGAAGGAUGAGUCCCAUGCUGGUAAAGUGGUUGAGAGGCAUUGGUAUGAGAAGAACAAGCAUAUAUUCCCUGCAUCAAGAUGGGAGAUAUAUGAUCCCUCAAGGAAGUGGGAGCGUUACACAAUCCAUGGUGUCUGA